AUGUCUGUCCCUGAGCCCAGGCUGGGUGAAAACCAGUCUCUCUGCCUUACCUUCACCUUUGUGGCUUUUUCCUCUUUGGCCGAGUUCCAAUCGGUCCUUUUUGCUGUAUUCUUGGUUGUCUACUUGUUUACCGUUGGGGGGAACCUCCUCAUCAUCUGUCUGAUCUGGUUCUCCCCUUCCCUGCAUUCGCCCAUGUACUUCUUCCUGGUGAACCUCUCCUUUCUGGAGAUGUGUUAUAUCACCAGUGUGGUACCUCAGAUGUUGGUGCACCUGCUGGUGGAGCCCAAGACCAUAAGCGUCGCGUGCUGUGCAGCUCAGAUGUAUGUCUUUACCAUCCUGGGGCUGACAGAAUGCUGCCUACUGGCAGCCAUGGCUUAUGAUCGCUUUGUAGCCAUUUGCUACCCCCUGCAUUACACGCUCCUGAUGGGCCCACGAGUCCGCGUGAAUCUGGCAGCUGCGUCUUGGAUCACUGGUGCGCUGGUGGAGUCGGUGCAGACCACCUGGAUCUUCACUCUGCCUUUCUGUGGGCCGGGCACCAUUCAGCAUUUCUUUUGUGACAUCAUGCCUGUCGUUAAACUGGCCUGUGUGGACACCUCCCACAAUGAGAUCGUGCUGUUUGUUGUUUCCCUUAUCUUCAUCAUGAGCCCCUGCCUGCUCAUUCUGUGCUCCUACCUGCGCAUUCUCGUGACCAUCCUGAGAAUCCCCUCAGCAGCAGGGAGGCGCAAAGCGUUCUCCACGUGUUCCUCUCAUAUCCUGGUGGUUUCUCUGUUCUAUGGCACGGCCCUGUUCACCUACCUCCAACCCAAAAGUGCCCACACGCCAGACACGGACAAGGCCACUGCACUCAUGUACACGGUGGUCACACCGGCGCUGAAUCCUGUGAUCUACACGCUGAGGAACAAGGAAGUGAAGGAAGCCUUUCUAAGGAUAACGCAGAAGAAUCUAAGUCGACCUAUGGCCUAA